AUGAUUCAAGGUGGCAACUUUAAUCAAAAACUCUUACCUAAAAUUUAUAAUAAUAAAUUUCUUAUGCAAUCAAGCUCUUCUCUUGGCACCUUUAUGAAAAACGCUGUAGGAAAUUUCUUGAGGCGACUAAAUCGUUUGAAUGUCAAUGAACAACUGGCAAGAGUAACUCUUCAUCACGCUAGAGAAGAAUUAAAAGUGAACGUGAAAAGUGAAACGUAA